AGGCAGCUUACUCCAUCUUCGAAAAUGCCAACUCGUUUGCACAAGACAAGGAAGAGCCGCGGUCAUGUCUCCGCCGGGUAUGGUAGAAUUGGUAAACACCGUAAGCAUCCAGGUGGUCGUGGUUUAGCUGGUGGUCAACACCACCACAGAACCAACUUCGACAAGUACCACCCAGGUUACUUCGGUAAGGUUGGUGACCGUCACUACCACCUCAAGCACAACGUCUACUGGAGACCAGUCCUCAACAUCGACAAGAUCUGGUCUUUGGUUUCUGAGCAAGACAAGUCACAAACCGAGAAGAGCGAUUUGGUUCCAGUUGUUGACACCCUCGCACACGGUUUCGGUAAGGUCCUCGGUAAGGGUCGCCUCUCCAAGCCAGUCAUUGUCAAGGCUAGAUUCGUCUCUGAACUCGCUGAAAAGAAGAUCAAGGAAGCUGGCGGUGUCGUCGUUCUCACUGCUUAAGUGAAGAGUUGUACUAACUAUUUGAACUCGCUUUUGAACGUA